AUGGGCCGCGGGAAGCCUCGCAGGGAAAAGCCUGAGGCUCCUGUCGGCGGGCCGGAGCUAGAAGAUUCGGAUGUUGAGGAGGCGGACAUCGAAGCCCUGGCUAGGUCCAAGCUUGGACCUGGGGAGUUUAUCCUCGGCGAGGAGCCAAAGCCGCCCCAGGAGGAGUCCGCCGAGGUGCAGGACACCGCAAAGCGAGGUGUUUGUUUGGCACCGCUACUUCUGAAGCGGCUCGAAGAGAUCGAGUACAAGGUGCCCGAAGGAGCCAAGCGCGUCCCUUGGAUUGACACCAUGUUGAUUGACGGGCAAAGCAACUUGCCCAAGGGUGUCACCGCUAAAGACGGUGUGAAGCUCGAAAGUGCUUUCCUAGGCAUGGCAGCCGAAGCAGCUGCAGAAGGCUACCGAAGGUUGCGAGUCAUGAAGAUCCCAUGCACCAGACCAAACGAUUUCUAUGCUGAGAUGAUGCGGCCGGACAAACAAAUGUACCGAGUUCGUCAGCAAGCCGCAGAAGAAGAGCGACGAAUUAAGAUAGUUGAAGAUAGAAAGAAGCACCAAGCAAGCAAGAAGUUUGCGAAGAAGGCUAAAGCCAAAAAGCUUGAGGCACGUGCACAGGAGAAGAGGACUUCCUUGGAACAGAUUGCCAACUGGCGUGCCAGAAAGAAAGGAGAAGGGAACAACACGGAUGACCAGGACUUGGAGGAGAUUCUAAGUCGGCAGGGCAAGAAAAAGGAUGAGGAUGCGAAAGGCAAAGGCAAGGGCAAGGCCAUGAAGUCGGCUAAGCGCCGCAGCCUUGACGAGAAGUAUGGCUUUGGCGGAAAGAAGAAACGAAGCAAGCAAAACGAUAAGAGCUCCACGCACGACGUGUCAGCCUCUCCUUGGGGAAGAGGCAAGGGCAAGGGCAAGGGUAAAGGAAAGGGCAAGGGCAAAGGCAAGAAGAGGAAGCGGUAA